CACUCAUCAACUGCUUUACAGCCAAUACUUGAAUUCAAUCGAUCCAGAGCGCAUCAUGCCAGUCCCGUGGGAGGCUCUCAUCCCAUUUGGGCUGCUCGUAGGUCUCUUUGGAGUGGCAGGAACGGGAUUGAACAUCGUCAAGCGAUCUCAGAAUGACUGGAAGCCACCAAGAUACAGUCUGGACAGAUGGGAAGAAAUGAUGAUGGAGAGGGAUCGUCGACUGACGGGAACGUUACGUGGGCAAAGGACGGACCCAAUUGCACCGAAAGAAUUCGCUACAAACAGUGUAUGGGACUCGACAAGGCUCAAUGCGUGA